UUUAUUCUGCUCUCCCCACCUAUUCCACCUUCCUCAGGAUCCCUCUUUCCUGUUCACUCUCUCUUUCUUAACAUUUUUUUAAUCACAAUUUGUCUAUUUUUGCUCAUUUUAAAUAUAUUUUUAAACAUUUUCUAAAUACUUUUUUAUAUUUUUACAUUUUUUGUUUUUGUGAAGCGCCUUGUGAUUUUUAUCUUGAGAGGCGCUAUAGAAAUGAUAUUUUCUUCUUCUUCUUCUUCUUCUUCUUCUUCUUCUUCUUCUUCUUCUUCUUCUUCUUCUUCUUCUUCUCUUAUCUGUCAGUUGAACGUCCACCUAGUUAGUGAGCGAUUGUCAUGACAACUUUUCUGUUGACCAUCGUUAUUGUCGUUACUUUAAACCAUUUAAUAUAACAGAAGCCAAUUAAUUAAUCCCAACCUAUGUAUUAUAAUAACCACGAAUAAAAAACAAAUAAGACAAUUCAGAAUGGUUUGUUGGAGGACGCGUCACAGCCUGGCUCGCUCACCCACAGCGGCGUUUUCAAUGGAAGGAAGCCGCUACAAUUAGUCAACAGAAAAGCUGCUCCAUGCAUCAAACAAGAAGAGGAUUGUGACGAAGGACUGUGCGGAGUGACGGCUUUGUGGAUUGGAGGAUUACUACGAUUGGAAGGAGUUUUGAAAGCGGCCGCACUCAGGCAAUGGAAACGGAUCAGCUGAAUCUGCUGUCAUUAAUGGAAAGCAGUGCAACGCCCCCAUCUGAAGCGGUAGGAUGCUGAUUUACCCUUUGUAUAGACCCUUUUACUACCUACGUCAUCAAAAGUUGCAUGCGCAGCCUGGCAACGAGAGUGAAGGCUUCCUCAUUCACACUCGAUACUAAAACAGCGUUUUAAACCCUUUGUUUUGGAGUUCUGAGCACAUAAAAAUGUCGGGUUGUUGCGUGUAUGGAUGCCAGAAUCGCUUCUCUUCAAGCAGUGGACUGAAACUUUACAGAAUUCCGAAGGGAGCACAUCCAUUUCAACAAAAUCGGAGGCGUCUGUGGCUGCAGGCAAUCAAAAGGGUUGAUGAAAACUGGACUGAAAACACGAUCCGAAAUGCUCGAGUUUGUAGCGCCCAGUUUAUAUCAGGUAGGGUAAUUAUGUACUAAGAUUACAUAUAAAUUUAUACGCUUUAUUUCAUGCUUCAAAUUAACAUUUCAUUCUAAUUCAUCUGUAUUUUCCCACUGCAUAUUAGUAUAAACUGUAUUUCACUAAAAUUAACACGAUUGUACUCUGAGCACGCUAAAAAAAGAAACCUAUGCUAUACUCACCCUGCCAUGCAGGUACAGUUGGCUGUGAAGACGUAGUUCUCUGGUUUGUUUACUAUGACCCAAGCCUCGUACACAGCAGUCUUGUGUCCUUGUCUUUGGCUAGGAAGGACUUCUGCCUUCAAGACGCAAAACUCAGUCUAUGUCGUGAUAUUUUACUUUCUGUACGUGGCAACAGACAACAUAGUUGUAUGCAUCUAACGAUUUGUAUGCCCGUAGCUUCUCACGUGUGUACUUACUGGGCCUCUCCACUAAAAACGGAUAUAUAUCGGGCCACUGGAUAUCUGGCCACGCACCUACAUCUUCCACCCAUUCCGUAAUGCCACAGGGACCCGGGAGUCUGUUGCCAUUCGUUAAAGUGAGUUUAAUAAUAUAACAUUCAAGAUUUGCCAGUGAUAACCCCGCAGCGUAGCUUGAUAAAGCCUGAAACAACGCCAUUCUCUGUUGCCAAGCUGCGCGUGCAUUCUCACUGACGUCAUAUUGUUUACAAACAGUAAAAGGGUCAAUUGGUUGAACGUAGGAACACAGGUUGUAAGUCACGGCUUGUCCAUUGGGGACAUUGUUGGGGUGUGGCGUGCGUAUGCCAGAGAGCAAAGGUUGGAGGAAGCUGCUGUGUAUUUCACCUCGAUACGCAGCAGACUGUGCGUAUUGGUUCGCCCGUUGUCGCUGGGCCAGAAGUUCCUACAGAGAUAAUUUCAUCAAAGGAAGCACAGGACCCACAAGAUGAAAUAAAAUCAGAAGAUAGCAUUUCAAAUGUGGGAAGUAAAAGAAGUAAAGGAAGUUUAGCUGGCUCGAACUCCAGAGUGUCAAGUGCAACCUCUGCUCGGAUAAUGGCAGAAGCAGAAACAGCUGCUCUGGUUGUCAAACAAAAACUGCUUAAAGAUAAGCAUUUCUUACAGGAACAAGAGGCACAAUUAAGGAGAAAGAGGGAGCAAUUGGAGCUGGAAACAGACAUUGCCGCUAGUAUGGCAAAGAUGAAAGUCCUUAUAGGCUCAAAGGGAUCCAGCAUUAAAAGUAAAUCGUCAAUACCAUCUGAUGGUAUGAUGUCAUAUUUUGAAAAGACAUUAUAGGAAGCAGCAAGUAACGUGUCAGACAUCAGAACUGGUGCUGUUGCAUAUAAAAAACACAUGCACAAGUUACCAGAAUGUAACGCUGCAGAUUCACGACCACUUUUUACUACAGAAAGAGUCACAACUCAAACUCAAACCCAUUCUGCAGAUCUCUUGACUUCCCAAGCAAACACCAGAAGUCCACCUGCAAUUCGACACGUCACAUCUCAACUUUCUGGUCAAGAAGGAAAUUCCAACAUUAUAUCUGUGAUGAUUAAGCAAAACAAACUCACAGCUUUACUGAUCCAGCAACAAGGCCUUUCUGCAUUACCCAAGAAGGAGAUACCAAGUUUCGAUGGUGAUCCACUUCAGUAUCAGACUUUCAUCAGAUCCUUUGAACACAAUAUUGAAAACAGGAAUAAAAAUCCUGGAGACCAACUUUAUUAUUUGGAACAACACACCAGCGGACAACCAAGAGAACUUGUUCGGAGUUGCCUGCACAUGAGCCCAGAAAGAGGAUUUGAAAGAGCAAAGUCUUUAUUACAGCAGCAUUUUGGAAACAAACACAAACUUGCUACAGCUUAUAUGAACAAGGCUCUUUCUUGGGUGUCAAUUGAACCGGAAGACACAAGGGCUCUUCAAGCAUACACAAUAUUUCUUAGAGGUUGUUGUAAUGCUAUGGAGGAUCUGAACUAUAUUAAGGAGCUUGAUAUGCCAGCCAACAUGCUCGCCAUAGUAAAAAUGUUGCCCUAUCGCCUUAGAGAUAAGUGGAGAACAUUUGUCUGUGACUUAUAUGAGAAACAUAAUCAACAAGCUAAAUUCAAGGACAUGAUUGAUUUUCUUGAAAAGCAAGUAAAGAUUGCAUCGGAUCCAGUUUCCGAUUCCAGGGGACAUCAAAGAUGUGCACACAAUGAACAAAGACACAAGGAAACUGAAGUCGCAAGCUUAUUCAAGAUCUAAGGAAAGUUCUUUUGCAACUUCUGUGACAGCAGCUGAAAAGGAAAAUGACGACGACAAGAAAAUGAAAAUUAACAAAGAGCACAUGUAUUGCUUGCUUUGUAAAGACCAUGUUUUAGAAAGGUGUCAAGAGUUUGAAAGUAAAACACAUAAAGAUAAAAUCACCUUUCUAAAAGCAAAAGGUGUCUGUUUUGGAUGUCUUUGUAAAGGUCACAUUAGUAAUGAUUGCAGAAAGCGCUUAAACUGCAAAACCUGUGGGUUAAAACAUCCUCAAAUGCUACACAUACCCCAAAAAAGGACAACAAACAAGUUUCCAGAAGGAACAAUGGAACAAGCUGGGGAACGUGCUGUAGUCUCUAUUCAGACAAGUGCUCUU